CUUAUUGGCUGACUAAACGAUGCCGACUAUCUUUGGAACGGAGUGUUUCGCAGCAAAAUAAACAUUCGUGGGUUUAUUGUUGAAUGCUUCGCGAAAUGUUAUUUCUUAACAGCUCGAGUGCAUUAGGCAGACUAUGCUGCACCAUGGUGCCAUCAGGUUCCCACUUAGUAGGAGCCUCUGCAAAAAGAACGUUUUACCACUGGUUAAAUAAAAUUUGGAAUAAUGUCGAUACGGAACGAAUAAAAGCCGUUGGGCCGGAUAGGGCGUGUGCCGAAUGGUUGAUGAAAAAUGGGGCUUCCAUCAAAUGGGCCUCAGAAAAGGACUAUGUAACAGAUUAUAACAAAUUAGCAGCAGCAGGGGAAAAACAAUAUAUUGAAGAAAUCGAUGCAUCACACUCUAGCAUUAUGGGUUAUGGAUUUCCCUAUUUCGAAGGAUGCAACCACAUUAAAUUUAUAAGACUACACAAAUGUCACAACAUAGAUGACGACGCCUUAGCAUCAUUAGCGAUUUUAAAGCGUUCAUUAAAACAUUUGCAAGUUAGCUCUUGCGGGAACGUUACGGAUAAAGGUAUUACUUCACUUGUGGCUUUGGAAAAUUUGAAUACAUUGAUACUGUUUAAUUUGCCUGGUGUAAAAGAUAAAGAAAAAACUGUUAAUUUUUUGAAGGCUGGACUGAAAUCCUGUAUGAUUGAUUACAAGUAAUACUGAGUAAGACCUGAGUGUGAUAAUAUUGUCAUUGUACCUGCUUUCAGUACUACGGUGAGGUGAACUGGACAAAACUAUGUUACUGAAAUAGAUCAUAUUGUUGGUGGCCAGAAACGAAGUAAUAUAUGUUCAUGGUGGUUUUCUUGCAAAACGAUCAGUGUAGGUCUGAUCGCAGCUUAUAAUAAUGAAGUAUCAAAAUUUGUGAUCAUUCUCCACCUCUGUUGUUAAUGAAGUGUAGAAUAUUCAUUUAUAAUAUCUGCAACAGUUACUUACGUUAUUCAAGAGUCAUAGCUACAUUUCCUAGCCGUAAUCUGUUUAUGGGAAAAUAAAGGACAUUGUGUAACACACUAGAUUUACGUAAAUUAUAA